AUGGAUACAAUAAAAAUACGAGUAAUUAUGGAAUACGAGUUCCGUCGCGGUACCAGUGCACAAACGGCUCGCAACAUUAAUGACGUUUACGGAAUGAAUACUACAAAUGAACGCACCACACGUUUCUGGUUUCAACGCUUUGGACAUGGAAAUGUUGAUCUAAAAAAUGAACCCCGUGGACGCCUGAAAACUAAAGUUGACAACGACGAAUUAAAGGCAAUAGUGGAAGCUGACCAAACUCAAUCUACCGCUGAUUUAGCAGCAGCUUUCCAGGUUAGCGUCCCAACGAUAUUGGUCCACUUGCGUCAAAUUGGCAAGACACAGAAAUGAAGAACUGCAAUGUCACUUGUAAUGAAAAAUUUAUUCUUUUUGAUGAUUGCAAGCUAUCAUGGCGAAGAUUAUACCCUGGUUCAACACGUAAGUAAUACCCCAAAUGAAAACAUGCCCAUGAAAAAUCACUGUUUGGUGGUAAUAUAAUUGAUCAGUUUCUUACCAAAUGGCACCUGUGGAUGUGUACUGUGAGUAACUGGUGAACAUUGCUAAGCUAACAUUGCAUAAACUCAAGAAGCUCUGGCCCUCCUUGGUUACUUGCUUGUUCUAGUUACUCCUACAUGAUAAUGCUCAACCUCUUACAGCAGAAUGGGACAGUCUUUUAGCUACAAGAGUACAGGAAGUUUUAUAUCACCACAGUACUUACUAGACUUUGCACUGAUAGAUUUCAAAUUUUUACAAAAUCUGGAGAACCCCUUGGCAGGGAAAAAAGACAAUACAUGAGAGGCAACAAAAUACCUUCGAAGAGUUUGUUGGCUUCCAUACAUCUGACUUCUUCAAGAAGGGUAAUUAAGAAUGACCACUGUAGAGGUAUAUGAACACUACAGGUGCAUAUUUUUUGUUAGUAAUAAAAUAUUUUUACAAAAAAAUUACAACUUCCUGUAUACUAAAUGACAAUUUUGUAUAUCAAGACCUAAUACUAUUGACAAUGGUAGUAAGAAGAUUGGUGGCCAUAGGCUGUCAAUUCAAUUUAAUUAUAACAGGUUAAUAUAGAAUUCAUUCUAUUCAAGGAAGGAUUAGUGGUGGCCCAGAGGCUUUUCCAGUUUCACCAGGACGGGGCAAGCAAAGCCUCAGUCAGGAGGCAAGAGAUUAGGUAACAGCUGCCCAAGCGCCUCCAAAAACUCCUAAACUCAAGGGCAGCUGCAUUGCAAAUGAAUCUGCUACCGAAUUGGAAUUGCGACCCACUCAGAAAAUCCAGUAAGAAACUCAGUGAGUUGUGCCUGUGAGACCGCAAAAGCCUAGACCCAGAAUGGCUAUCAAAACUCUUGUUACGUACCGAGCAUUCAAAGAUUGGCCAAAGUAAAAAAAAUACUAAAAAUAAACAUUAAUGUCAUAAAAGACGUUCUAUUUUUAAAAAUACUUCAUACAAUACUAGAUAGAUCCAAAAAAUCGACGCACUGUAUUAUGAUAUAAGUAUGAUCAGAAAUAUCAAUAAGAAGCAUCUAGAUCGAACAUCUCCGUUAAAAAGUCUCUUGGGAAAUUUAACUUAAUAAAAGUUAAUUUUGUUAAUUGCAUGGUAUAAAUAUUUUA